GGGUCGAUAUGGCCACGAAAAAGUCGUCCGAUGCUCGUUGUGACUCGCAUUUCUUCACACCAAGCGAGGUAACUCAAUGUCGACAAGCUCUAUUAGCGUGGUAUGAUGACAAUCAACGGACACUCCCUUGGAGAACCAUCGCCAAGAGCGAGAGAGACCUCAAUAUUCGAGGAUAUGCCGUAUGGGUGUCAGAAAUCAUGCUCCAGCAAACCCAAGUGGCCACGGUGAUCGAUUACUACAAGAGAUGGAUGGCCAAAUGGCCUGAUCUAUCGGCUUUGAGUCAGGCGUCUUUGGACGAGGUCAACGAAAUGUGGUCAGGCUUAGGUUAUUACUCUCGUGGUCGCCGUCUCCGAGAAGGAGCCUUGAAAGUGGUCGAGAAUCUUGGGGGUCAGAUCCCGAGCACCUCCCAAGAGCUCAUGAAGCAAUUACCUGGGGUGGGACGGUAUACGGCUGCAGCUAUUGGUAGCAUUGCCUUCGGAGAGCCCAUUGGGUUAGUGGAUGGCAACGUGGUGAGAGUGCUGUCGCGGAUGCGUAAGAUUGGCGCCGAAUCCACAGCUCAGAGCACAAUCGAAUCACACUGGACGAAUGCCAACAAUCUGGUGGAUGAAUCUCGUCCAGGUGACUUCAAUCAGGCCGUGAUGGAAUUGGGGGCGACCGUGUGCACUCCCAAGAAUCCGAAUUGCAACCAAUGCCCAGUUGCUGAUCUUUGCUUGGCAUUUGCGGAUGUUCAACGGUCCAAGGACGAAAACACCAGUAAACUGGCCAAUCGCGUCAAGAAAGAGAUCAAGGACAUCGAGGAUAUUUCCGUCAAGUCCGAUUGUUCACUUUGCUUGCCCAAAGGGGCAUUGAUUGGUGAAGUUGGUGUGCAAAAUUACCCAAGAAAGGGCCCAAAAAACAAGGUUCGGAGCGAAACUUCUCUGGUUUGCAUCGUCACCAGGACUAUUCAACCUGGCGACGAGAUUCAAUACCUCAUGUUCCAGCGGCCCAAAACGGGAUUACUGGCCAAUCUUCUCGAAUUCCCAAGCUUUCCACACCAAGAUUCUAAUGACAAAUUGACCAAGAAGUAUGUUACGGAGUCGCUGAAGAUGCAUUUGCCAGACACCAAAGUCGAGGAAGUGAAAGAUCUAGACUCGGUUGGACAUCAAUUCUCACAUAUCAAACAAACCUACCGUGUCUGGUCGUGUUCAAUCAAAACUGGUACAGAUUCAACGGUUCAAUUGGAUGAGGGCAAAUAUCAGCGGUAUCAAUGGUUAAACCAAGAGGAGUUGUUGUCAUCGCCAAUAUCGACAGCCAUGAAGAAAGUAUUCCAAUCCCUGAACAAGUCCUCGAAACGAACUCGGGAUUCGCCCGUGAAAGGCCAGAGAAGGAUAGAAAGUUUCUUUGGGAAGAGGUCAAAACAUGUAUAAUGGGACGAACUUGACAAUUUUGUACAUGGAACCAACAACUCUGGCUAAACAGAUUCGAGCUCCUUGAGCACGAUUUCACGCUC